GUCCAAAAUAUCAAGAGCUCAUAUCCACAGAAAAGUGAUAACGAAAUAGAGAUCAUGAAAGAAGAAGAAUUUCCGAAGUGGCUAAAAUACUAUGUUAAAUCAGCGUCUUCUUUGGGUGAGCCAGUUCCAACGUGGCUUCGAGAGUUAGUAGGAGGACCACUUUCUGAGACGAUUUCAUCGCCAAUAUAUUGUACUCGUGGAUAUGUAUUUAAGAGAAGGACUGCCUCAAAAAAUAGACAGACCGUCAACCAUGGAGUUGUUGUGCGUACGAUGGAUGAAGAAUACUAUGGUGUGAUAGAAGACAUUUUAGAGGUCGAAUAUCCUGGACUCAUAAAAUGUGUGCUUUUCAAGUGUCAGUGGUAUGAUCCUACAAGGGAACGUGGUGUUCGACUUACCAAAUUUGGCGUUACGGAGAUUAACUCGUCGAAAAAGCUGAAUAAGUAUGAUCCAUUUGUUCUUGCAUCCCAAGUCGAUCAAGUGUGCUAUAUUCCAUAUCCUAGAGUUAAACGCAUCCAUGAUCCGUGGAUCACAGCUACACAAAUUAAUCCAAGAGGAAGAGUAGAUGGAGUGAAGGACCACGAUCCGAUGCAACAAAACUCUGUAGACUCUAUUAGUGUGGUUGAACACUCUCUUGAAAACACUAUAUUGGUUGAUGUUGAAAAUCUCCAUCUUGAUGAUGUUAGUGUAGGUGGUGAUGACAAUGCAGAUGAAUUUGACGAUUCUGACAAUUCAAGUCGGUCAAGCGACUCAUCAGAUUCAGAUGAUCAUGAGUAGAACUAUUGUUUUUUUUUUGUUGUGAGCUCUUUGUUCCUUCUACGAUUUGCUUGUCUUUUUUGGUUCAUUCAGAUACAUUUUCCGUUUAGUCACUUUCUUCUCCCCUUGUGUUUCAGUUCACUGAUUUUGCGAUUUCGUUUUGAGUUUUUGAGUUCAUUGCUCUCGAUUUCAUCUAAAUUAUCUUCUGUAAGUACAAUCUCAAGUUUACUAUUUUAAUGACU